AUGCGCUCGGCUCUCCUUCGUAUCCGCCCACGCACUUUUCCAGUAUGCGCCUCUCCGUCUGUCUCAGCUCGCCGCUUCCUCUCCACCACUUCACCGCGUCGCGCAGAGGAGCCCUCAACUUCUGCUUCUCCGGCCACUCCGCCACCGCUCACAAAAGAGGAGAAAGGAAAGGCAAAGGAGGUUCCUGAGGCAAAGAACGACGAUCUACCCCUGCUUCAGCGUCCUUUGGGGGUGAAUAAGAAGCCCGAAACGAAAACCAGCAGGUGGGAGACGACGAGGGACAAGUAUCUUCACAAGGACCAGCUUUUACAGGAAAGGCAUCAUCUCGCGAAGGAAGCAACGCGAGGGUAUUGGUCGGACCUGAGUAGAACGAAGAAUCAUGGAGGAAAGACGUGGAUCGCGCCCAAGGUCAUGAUUCGAGAAGACAAAGCACUGUUCUUUCCGGAUAUUAGUGGGACACCAUUAGCGGGAACAGGAGAGAAGGUCCAUACAACAGACCUGCUCGCCGGCAAGGUCUCAAUUGUCUCGCUUCUCACCACAAGAGUCUCCGAAGUACAGUCCGCACAAUUCGUGGAACCCACAUUGGCCGCGCAUUCGUCCAACCCCAUGUUUCAGCAUGUGCAGAUCAACUUGCAGGACAAUAGAAUGAAGACGUUCCUCAUCUCCAUGUUCGUGUCCGGCAUUCGGAAAUCAGUAUCGCCAGAGUACUGGCCAACAUACCUGGUUUCCAGCCAGCAUAUGGAGUACUUGAGAGACCCGCUGGGUAUCAAUAACAAGGUGGUGGGGUACGUCUACCUGGUAGAUCCCAACCUGAAGAUUCGCUGGGCUGCCUGCGCAGAUCCGAAGGAAGAGGAGGUCGCUGCCCUGCAAACGUGCGCAACCGUACUACUGAACAGGGUAUCACCACCGUCAUCCUCGGAGCAGGCAGAAAAGCCAUUGUCCCCGAAGACGGCGACUGUGUAG